CCCUAAAGGGGAGAGAGAAUGGGAGAAGGCGCAUAGAUGUGUCUGUAACGAAUAACUGAAAUAUAAACAAUAAUAUUAUUGGUAUAAAUAUAAAGAAAAAAAAUUAACAGUAAAGAAGAACACGUGUCUGAUUUACGGUUUAAGUGCUGAAACGUUUGGAAAUUGUGAUUUUGGGGGAAAAAAGUGACGAUUGGUAUAACAAUUGGAGGAUCCAUUGGGUCGCAUUCGGGUUUCUCCAAACCUCAUUGGAUUUUAACCUGAACACAGAGGGAACAUCCAAAGAUGGAACAGGUAUCAGACGAUGAGCUGGACCAUGCUGCUGAGGAAGACAGCGAUAAAGAGGAUCAGGACCUGGACAAGAUGUUUGGAGCUUGGCUAGGGGAGCUGGACAAACUCACGCAGAGUUUGGAUGAUGGACGUCAUCCAGGAAAAGUACAGAAAGCUCCUCUCAGAGAAGAGACCAACCUGGCCAACUUCUCCUACCGAUUCUCCAUGUACAACAUCAAUGAAGCCAUAAACCAGGGUGAGCCAGUGGACCUGGAUGCCCUCAUGGCCGACCUGUGCUCCAUCGAGCAGGAGCUCAGCACCAUCGGCAAGCCUUCCUCUUCAUCUUCCUCUUCUUCAUCCUCAUUCUCUUCCUCCUCUUCCUCCUCCGGUCGCCCUGCAGACCCCAAAUCUCGCCAGCGGGCUGCACACGCGCGUUCAGCCAGCGCUCGACAAGCUGGAGGCAGCAGCGGGGGUAGUGCGUGUAGCAGCAGCCACGCCUCACCAGCAGGUACGGUGCGAGUGGGUGGUGGUCAGAGCCGACCGAUGGUUUCCAACUUCUCUCUGGAUGACAUCACGGCCCAGCUGGAGCAGGCCUCGCGGAGCAUGGACGAAGCCGCCCGUCAGACCUCAGAGUCUUCCAUGAGCAACUCUCUCAGGCGUGCAGGCUCGGUGGGCGGGACCAGUGACCAGGAGGUACGCUCUGUCAGCCGCUCAUCACACUCCAGCGUCAACUCCGUCUCCGCCUCCAGCAUGGACUCGCUGGACAUCAGGGGGCAGGAGGGUGAGGCGCAGAACCAAGCGAACACAGAGCAUGCCUCAUUGAGAAGGGUCAAUGGUAAUGCUGCCAGACGGCACCUAGACUUCACCUCCCGUGAGGAAGAACUGGAUCAGUUCACUCACUCCUACCUGGACAGGGAGACCUCUCUGAUUGUCAAAAGCAUUGCAGGAAAGCCCUCUCACUUGCUGACCAAGGAGGAGCAGGCUGCCAAAGCCAAGGCGGAAAAAAUACGUGUGGCUCUGGAGAAAAUUAAAGAAGCGCAGGUCAAAAAGCUGGUGAUCCGUGUGCACAUGUCAGAUGAGAGCUCGAAGACUAUGAUGGUGGACGAGCGUCAGAGUGUGAGGCAGGUGCUGGACAGCCUGCUGGAUAAAUCCCACUGUGGAUACAGUCCUGACUGGGCUCUGGUGGAAACCAUCACCGAGCUACAGAUGGAGCGCAUUUUUGAGGACCACGAGAACCUGGUGGAGAACCUUCUUAACUGGACCAGAGACAGCCAAAACAAGCUUAUGUUCAUAGAGCGUAUUGAGAAGUAUGCCCUCUUCAAGAACCCUCAGAACUACCUAUUGGGAAGAAAGGAGACCUCUGAAAUGGCAGACAGAAACAAGGAGGCACUUUUGGAGGAAUGUUUCUGCGGUGGCUCUGUAUCAGUGCCUGAGAUUGAGGGAGUGCUCUGGCUGAAGGAUGAUGGGAAAAAGUCGUGGAAGAAGCGCUACUUCUUACUACGCGCGUCUGGCAUUUACUUUGUGCCUAAGGGCAAGGCCAAGGCCUCUAAAGACUUGGUGUGCUUUCUGCAACUGGACCAUGUAAAUGUUUAUUACGGACAAGACUACCGGAGCAAGUAUAAGGCCCCCACUGACUACUGCCUCGCUCUUAAGCAUCCUCAGAUUCAGAAGAAGUCACAGUACAUCAAGUAUUUGUGCUGCGAUGAUGUCAGAACUCUACACCAGUGGUUCAACGGGAUCCGCAUUGCCAAGUAUGGGAAGCAGCUGUACCUGAACUAUCAGGAGGCUAUGAAACGCACCGAGGCUGCCUACGACUGGUCAUCUCUAUCCAGCUCCAGCAUCAAGUCUGGCAGCAGUUCAGUCAGCAACACUGAGUUGCAGUCCAACCACUCUAGUCAGACAGACAGCGGGGUCUCAGAUGGCACCGCAUCCACACAUGCACGCUCACAGAGUGUCGUCAGCUCCAUUUUCUCUGAGGCCUGGAAGAGAGGCACGCAGAUGGAGGAAAUUACUAGAUCGAGACCGGAAUCUACGCGUUCAAGCCAUUCUAUCCACAGUGUCCAUGGUGGCCACUCCAGUCAUGCUCACGUUAACACUCUGCAUUUGGCGCAACAACAGCAGCAUCCAAACGCCUCAGUACAUUCCCAGCAGCAUGUGCAGCCUCAGUCAAAUUCAGUGCCACACCCAUAUGCACAGUCAGCCACCCAACAUCGUGGUAGCAUUACUCAAACUUCCAUUCAAGCGCCGCCCCAGCCUGCUCCAGUUCCGCCUUUGCCAGCUCCAGCUUCACUGUUGCCAACUCCAGCUCCUUCCCAGCCUUCUCCAGCCCCAUCCAAGCUCUCUCCAAUUCUAACCCAGUCCUCUCCAGUACUACCGUUGCACUCUCCAGUUCUGGCCCAAACCUCUCCAAAUCGUUUUCAGUCCACUCCAGCUCCAGCUCCAGCUCCAGCUCCACCACCCCCACCGCCACCUCCACCUCCACCUCCACCCCCUCCUCCUGUGUGCGUCCAUCACUACUCUGGCCCACAUAUAUUUGCCAAAUACAGCACCAUCAACCGCCUAAAGAAUGCUUCUCAUUCUUCUAAGCCACACCCUCAAGCACAGCAGGUGCUCCCUGUACUAUCCUCUCAGUCUUUGAAACCCCACCUAAACAAUAUUCCACCAGGAGCAAAUGUCCCACCUCCACCACCUCCUCCUCCACCAGCACCAAUGCCUGCUCCAGGUUCAGCCAUGGCUGUCCUGAAACUGGGCCCUCCAAGUCCAGCCACUGUGUCUCAGUUCACACCACCGCCUCCGCCAUCCCCACCACUGCCAUCUCCACCUCCAGCAUCCAUCAAAUCCCAACCUCUUCCACCUCCACCAUCAACCCAGUCCCAUCCUUUUCCCCCACCUCCAUCUCAGGUAUCCAUCCAGUCCCACCCUCUUCCCCACCUCCACCUCUAGCCCCUAUUCAGUCCAAUUCUUUUCCCCACCUCCAGCCCCUAUUCAGUCCAAUUCUUUCCCCCACCUCCAGCCCCUAUUCAGUCCAAUUCUUUUCCCCACCUCCACCUCCAGCCUCUAUUCAGUCCCAU